GCAUGUUGUCAAUUUGAUCCUAAAUGGGGUGAUGUAGAAGGGAACAUGAAUAAAGCUUCAUCAUUAUUAAGAGAGUAUAAAGAAGGAGAUAUCGAUAUAUUGAUAUUACCUGAAAUGGCCUUUACAGGCUAUGUGUUUAAUAGUAUUGAGGAAAUUAUGCCUUAUCUAGAGGAUUCAGAAAAGGGACCUACAGUAAAAUGGGCAAAAGAGCAAGAAACAAUAGCAAUUCGAUUAAAAUGUUUUGUGAUUGUUGGCUAUCCUCAAAAGAAAGACCAAUUCAAUUAUAAUAGUAUAUGUUGUGUUAAUUCAAAUGGUGAAGUCAUAUUGACAUAUCAAAAAUCUUUCCUAUAUGAAACAGAUGAAAAUUGGGCCACUGAAGGCUCUGGCUUUAUAUCAACACAUAUCAACGGCCUAGGCAAAGUUGGAUUUGGUAUCUGUAUGGAUUUAAACCCUUAUAAAUUCAAAGCAAAUUUUUAUGAUUAUGAAUUUGCAAAUUAUCAUCUAAAUCAAGAUACAGAAAUUAUAUUAUGUAGUAUGGCUUGGUUAAAGAGUAAAGAAGAUAAUGAUAUGAACAAUUAUAGUAUUGCCAAUACAGUCAAGUAUUGGGCAUCAAGAUUAUUGCCUCUUAUGAAAACAAAGAAGCAUGUUAUCUUUGUUGCAUGUAAUAGAACAGGAUCAGAAAGAGGAAGUGAAUUUGCUGGUUUAAGCUGUGUUAUGGAUAUCUCGAAUGAAAAGAUUUUUAUUUUAGAUACUAUGAAAUCUAAUACAAUAGGCGUUAUGAUUGUUGAAAUAUAA